GCAGAAUCUUAAAAUAGAAACGGGUUUCAAACAGGUCCAAGUCAAGAUUUAGAAUCUCACCUCUAGGGGUGUUCAUAAACGGCUACACAUACCUCCCGUAUUCGUCUUCUUAAUAAUGCAGAGAAUUCAGUAAUUCACCUUGAGUUAAACGGUGUACUGCAGAAUUUGAACAAAUCAACUUCAAAUCGAUUACUACAGAAAUUUUAGAAGAUCUUCAAGAAAAUUUACGGUCAAUCACGAAGGGUUUGAAGUACACUUCCUGCUGGCAUUGUACUAAGCUCUAUUUUGGCGCAUAGACCAUCAGAAUGGCAACUCUUGCAGAUUCGUUCUUGGCCGACCUUGACGAAUUAUCAGACAAUGAAGAUGUUGCGGUGGAAGAAAACGUUGAUGCUUCAAACAUGGAGGAGGAUAUAGAUGGAGAGUUGGCUGACCUUGAGUCCUUAAAUUACGAUGAUCUUGAUAAUGUUUCAAAACUGCAGAAGUCACAACGUUACAAUGACAUCAUGCAGAAAGUAGAAGAUGCUUUGCAAAAAGGCUCUGUUGUUCCUGACCACGGAAUCGUAUUGGAAGACGAUCCAGAAUAUCAGUUAAUUGUUGACUGUAAUGUAUUGUCUGUCGAUAUCGAAAAUGAGAUUAUUAUUAUCCACAACUUCAUCCGUGACAAAUAUCGUCUCAAGUUUCCAGAGCUCGAAUCUCUUGUUCAUCACCCUAUUGACUAUGCUCGUGUUGUCAAAAAAAUUGGUAAUGAAAUGGACUUGACGUUAGUUGAUCUGGAAGGGCUUUUGCCUUCUGCUAUCAUCAUGGUUGUUUCUGUCACUGCUUCAACCACCAGUGGUAAACCGCUCCCAGAGGAGGUUUUACAGAAGACUGUUGAAGCUUGCGAUCGUGCAAUUAAGCUUGAUUCAGCUAGGAAGAAAGUCCUUGAUUUUGUGGAAAGCAGAAUGUUGUAUAUUGCACCAAAUCUUUCAGCUAUUGUUGGAAGUGCUGUUGCAGCAAAACUUAUGGGAACUGCCGGAGGUUUAGCUGCUUUAGCGAAAAUUCCAGCUUGCAACGUUCAGCUUCUUGGGGUCAAUAGGAAGAAUUUUGCUGGAUUUUCCACUGCAACAUCUCAAUUUCGUGUAGGAUAUCUUGAGCAGACAGAGGUAUUUCAGACUACGCCUCCCCCUCUGAGAAUGCGUGCAUGUCGUCUUUUAGCUGCAAAGUCAACCUUGGCUGCUCGAGUAGAUUCCACAAGAGGUGAUUCGACUGGAAAGACUGGAAGAACAUUACGUGAAGAGAUUCGCAAGAAGAUCGAGAAGUGGCAGGAGCCACCACCUCCUAAGAUCCCAAAGCCUCUUCCUGUGCCUGAUACAGAACCUAAAAAGAAAAGAGGUGGACGGAGGCUACGUAAGGCGAAGGAAAGAUAUGCUGUCACCGAUAUGAGGAAGUUGGCAAACAGGAUGCAGUUUGGCGUGCCUGAAGAGAGUUCAUUAGGUGAUGGAUUGGGAGAAGGCUAUGGAAUGCUUGGUCAAGCUGGUAGUGGAAAGCUGCGCAUGUCUGCUGGUCCAAGCAAGCUUGCAGUCAAAGUUUCUAAGAAAUUCAAGGAGAAGCGCUAUGGAAGCAGUGGCGCUACCUCCGGAUUAACUUCAAGUUUAGCAUUUACUCCUGUCCAGGGCAUAGAACUUUCGAAUCCGCAGGCUCAUGCACAUCAACUUGGCAGCGGAACUCAGAGUACGUAUUUCUCUGAAACCGGCACAUUUUCAAAAAUCAAGAGCAACUUGAGUAGAGUUUGAGCUACUACAGAUCCACAAAAUGUGACUAUACCAGUUUCAUAUCCGGAAAACCGCUUUUAUUAUGUAUACAAAACUUGUUGAGUUAUAGCGGCUCCAGGCUAAAAGGAAUGUAUUCUGUUAGUUUUUUUUGUGUCAUUAAAGUAGUUUACUUACUAAGUUAGUACCAUGUGAUACACUGUGAUUGAUAAUUUUUUUCUAAAUACUUGUGAAAUUUUUAUAAAAUAUAUUGUUAGCAUUGCAGUG